UGCAGUAAUAGGAGCCGCACCGCGCUGCUGGUGUUGGCCCACUUUAACAGUUUCCUGCGAUCCUUUUCUUCGGCAGUUCGCUUCACUGCUGACACAUCAUGGCUACUACAGUAAGUCUGGAGCUGGACCCGAUCUUCCUGAAAGGUCUGGGAUACCUCCAUUCGAAGAGCAAAGAUUCAGCGCAGAAGCUGAAGGCUCUUCUGGACGAGGCCCUGGCCAGAGGGAGCGACUCCAUUUAUCGUGUUUCUGAGAAGGAACAAGAAGUUCUCAAGUUGCCGGUUUCAAAAGUGAAAGAUGUCCGAUCCACUAAUUCCCCAACACCGGGCUUGAAUGGAAAGUCCAGCAGUUUGGAGAAGAGCAGAAAAGAGGUGGAAAAAAGACCGCCAGAAAAGGUACCGAUGAUUCGAAUAAAGGCUGACAUAAGCGCUGCGGCAGAGCCACCUAAGAAGGCUCGUCUGGAGAAACAGGAGAACCGCUCAUCUCCUGUAACAGUUCAGACGAGCAGGGACUUGGCCCCGCCAGAUCUGUCCAGCUUUGACGAGACCAGUGCAGAUGACUUUGCCAUGGAGAUGGGCUUGGCUUGUGUGGUCUGUCGUCAGAUGACAGUGACCUCAGGGAACCAGCUGGUAGAAUGUCAGGAGUGCCACAACCUUUACCACCAAGACUGUCAUAGGCCGCAGGUGACAGACAAGGAUGUCAACGAUCCUCGCCUGGUGUGGUACUGCGCCCGCUGCACCCGGCAAAUGAAGCGCAUGGCUCAGAAGACACAGAAGUCUCCGCACAAGCCAGGCCCUGCUGCCGCACCUGCUGCCACCGUGGGGAGGGACUCCCCAGUCAGAAAACCAGAGAACAGACCCAAGCCAGACACAGCCAGCACAUUCCUAGCCUUUAAGAGGACAGAAGUUAAGUCAUCCACAGUGGUGUCAGCAACCUCAAGUGGCAGCUCUGCUGUGACACCCACCAGUGGUCUGACCGGUUGGGCUGCCUUUGGAGCAAAGACUGCCGCCACUGGACCUGCCGGUUCCAAACUAGGCUCAUCUGGGCCAAGCAGCGCCGCAAAGACCGGCACGCCCUCGUCAGGUCAUAAAGUAGCUUCACUUCCAGGGCUGGUCAGAGCUACCGGGGCCAGUAGUGGCACCAGCAGUGGCCCCAUCCCUGCUGUGCCAAGGCCUCCUCCCCCGCUGACGCUGGGGAAACCAGCCUCCUUACUUCCACCUAGUGGUGACAGUGGCAGCAAGGCAGGAGCACUGACCCCCAGCAGCAGCCAAGCCAGCAGCAAUGGAAACACGGUUUUGGGGGGCAAUGCCAACACAGGUGGUGGCAGCAGUGGGGUGAAAGGGGCCCCUGAGGCCCUCGCAGGAGGCAAAACCCCCACCUCCCAGGAGUCUCAGCUCAACGCCAUGAAGCGCCUCCAGAUGGUGAAAAAGAAGGCAGCACAAAAGAAGUUGAAGAAGUAAUGCCUGGCAGACUGAACAAAAGGAUGAAGUGCCUUUUGUUUUUAUUUUGUGUGGCAUUUGUUUUCAGAAUUAAAAAAGCAGUUAAGUACUUGAAUACCUCAGAGUAAAUGCUGCUGGAACGAGAAGAAACCAUGAUGCACAUUGCUUUGUCAGACCUCGUGCAAUUACCAAAUUCCACUUGAGCUCCACUUAUGGCCCCACUCCUCUUUCCCCUAUUUCUCCAAACUGAACAAAUGAGUUUUUAAUCAUGUGAUUCAAAUAUUAUUAGUCAGUGUCAUUUUUCCUCUGUUGUAGGUCAAACCUUACUCUCUCUAUAUUUUUACAAUUAACCAAUAUGCAAUUCUGUCAAAGAAAUGAAGUGGUUUGACAGGUAGUUUUCUUAGACUUGAGCUGGGCGUUAAAGUAUAUUAAAUGUGAUGGCAAUAUUUGACCUUAAGUAACAAAUACCUAUGCUUCCCCAAAGAUCUUGUAUUCCUUUUUAAUGUAUAUUAAUGACAUUAAUUGUACUGGAAGAAAACUGACCUGUGUAUUUGUCAUUUGUUUGCAGCAGUCGUGACUAAUCAGUGUAAAAAAAAUAACAUUCAGUACACAGAUUAUUUGUAGCUCGUGGAAGUCCUUUUACUGCACUGUCUGCUUGCUCAUUUGAGGAUACUGUACCUGCUGCCUAAGGUCUGUAUUGAGCUGCUGGUAUAAAAAGGCUGAUAAAACCUAAUAAAAAUGGAUGAA